GGGGGGGGAACAUGAGGAGCUGGGAGCAGGUGCAGCUCUUCCAGGUUCCAUGAAUCCCAGUGUUUACGUCGCAGCUCGUCGCGUCAGGAGGUUCGACCCAGAUCUGAAAUGUCUCUGGUGUGAUGCUGUGGUUUGUUGUGGGCGCAGAUCAGAGCGGGUUGUGUCACUGAGCCCUGAGAAGGACGAUGCUGCUGUAAACCUGUCUCCUCAUCGAGGUCUCCUCAGUCCUCUCGACACAUUCAGGCUCCAAACAUUUAGCUUCACACCAACAGGACUCAUCAGACUUGUGUGUCACUCAGUAGUCUCUUGUUUUCAAGUUAGAUCAGCACUAUUUUAAAUGUUUCCCUCCCUGUGGUUUGCAGCUCUGUCCCACUUUUACACUCACAUGCUGUCAGAAGUCCCUGUCAUCCCCCCCACCCCACAAUGGCCUCAUCGGUUGGAGAUAAUCAACUGCAGAGGAUAAUCAGAGAUCUGGAUGAUGCUGUGUUGGAGUUAAGUAAAGAACACAGGGAGUGUGGUGAACCCAUCACUGAUGACAGCUCCAACCUGCACAAGUUCUUCUAUAAACUUGAAUACCUGCUACAGUUUGACCAGAAAGAGAAGACAACCUUUCUUGGCCAGAGGAAAGACUACUGGGAUUACUUCUGCGACUGCCUGAUUAAGAUCAAGGGAGCUAAUGAUGGCAUCCGUUUUGUUAAGUCCAUCCCUGAGUUGAAGACGUCGCUGGGGAAAGGACGGGCCUUCAUCCGCUACUCGCUCGUUCACCAGCGUCUUGCCGACACGCUGCAGCAGUGUCUUAUAAACCAGAAAGUCACAAGUGACUGGUAUUAUGCCCGGAGUCCAUUCCUUAAGUGUCACCUCACCGCUGACAUAAUCAACCAUCUUUAUGAGCUCAACCAGAUCCAAUUUGACGUGGCGGCCAGAGGUUAUGACCUUGAUGCGGAUUGGCCAUCCUUUGCAAGGCGAACGUUAAGCACAGCCUCACCAGCUUUCCUGUGGAAUCCUCCGACUCGCUGCUCCAGCAUCACCAGUUUGGUUAGCAGCUAUUCACACUCACAGGCGCAGGAGUUUCUUCCAAUCCCAGACUUCAGUCACAGUCUCCUUGGGGAACUGGGGGAACUGGGGGAACCCUCUCCCUGCAGUAUUGCAGAGAAUCUCCGCAUUGAGCUCGACCAGUCCGAGCUCCGACAGCAGGAGCUUCUGGUGCAGGUUCAGGAGUUAAGCAACGAAGCUGCUGAGCUGAAAGGUGUGGUUAAAGACCUGCAAGGAGAGCUGGCAGCUCAGAAGUCGUCUGGACACUUGGCAGCAGCUGAAGCCAGUGAUGGGGAGAAAACAAAUCACCUUCACGCUUGUAGGGAAGCAAUAAAAAGUGAACUUCAAGACAGACUUGCAUCUGCCGAGAACAAAAAUAUGGAGCUUCUCUCUAAAUUGGAUGAAUCACUGAAAGAAAAAGGCCAACAAACAGCAAGCUACUGUGACUCAGCCUGGAAGAUCCAGGAUCUUCUGGAUAAACUUAAGACGGCAGAGGAGGAGAGACUGGCAGCAAAGAGAGAGUCUGAAGACAGGGCCAGAAUCUCUGAGCGUCUAGCACAGGAACUCAAACUCAGGGAGCAAGAGUUGAGAGACAGUGAGGAGAAGCUAGCUGAAGUAAAAUCUGGAGCCCAUGACGAACAGGAGGAGGCGCUGAGACGGUUGGAGGAGCUCCACGGGGUCGUCGGUCGAAUUCAAGGGGCGCUGAGUUUGAAAGAGAAGGAGACGGGGAACCUGAGAGCCCAGCUUCAGGGUCUACAAGCAUCACUGGAGUGCAGGGAGCGGCAAGCAGAGGACCUGAGGAAAAGGCUGUGGGAGGAGAGGGUGGAGGUAGAGCAGAGAUGUAGGAGUGGGGGCAGCCAGAAUGAGGAACCCGAGAGCCUAAUGCUAGAUUUAAGAAAAGCCCUAAAAAACAGAGGGAAAGAGCUUGCUGUUAGUUCAGAGAGAAUAAAACACUUGGAGGAGCAGGUGGAGAAGUUAAACAUUGAGAAAGAAAGUCUGAGCUCUAGACUCACUGAUGAUGAAGUCACUGCCUGUGAUCAAGCCGAGAAUGUUGAGGACUUCAAAACACAAUGCAGCAAUCUCAUGGAAAGAAACACAAGGCUAAUGCAAACAGUGAAGAAGAGUGAGGAUAAUGUCACAGAGCUAACAGAGAGCAGGGCAGCCUUGUUAGAUCAGCUCGCCACUUUGAGGGCAUCGGAGAAGCACUUAAAAAGUAGAGUAGAGGCUACAAAUGUGUGUGUGGAGGCCCGGGAGAAGAAGCUGCUAGAUGAAAACCUGCAUUUGGAAGAGACUGUUCAAAAUGCACUUGUCCAGAAGGAAGUGUCAGAUGCUCAGUUGAAGAAGCUUGAGGAGGAGAACAGAGACCUUCUGGAGGUUCAAUCCUUGUUGAGGAAGCAGUUAGCGAGAACACAACAGGAGUUGGACUCUCUCGCCACCGAAGCUGCAAAGUUGGACAAGAACCUCACAGUGUCGCAAAGAAGCCAAGCGGAGUUACUUGAAAAACUAGAGGAGACUGAGGCAAAGUUGAGAAACCAGACUGUUAAAUGUGGACUUCUUCAGGCUCGAGCAGAGGAACUGGAGAGCAUGAGCGGAGAGCUGCACGAUGAAAAGGGAGCUGCAGAGAGUAAUGAGAAAAUGCAGAAGCUUCACGAUGAGCAUCCGAGUUCCUCCAUGGAAACCAAAGAGGGUUCAUUCAGGCUGGUGAUAGCUGAGGCUCAACUGGAGCUCAACCUAAGGGAGGUGCACCGGCUCCGGGAGGAGGUGGUGGAGCUCAGGGCUCAGCUGCUGGCCGGAACUGAGGAGAGAGUGAAAGUUCAGGCCCUCCAGGAGGUGACGGAGUCCUCCAGAGAAGACCUCCGAGUUUUAGCAGAACAACUCAAGGCCCAGGUGGAGGAGCUAAACCGCAAGCACGUGGACGAGAUUCUCCAGUCCCGAGAGCGAGAAGAAUCUCUCAGUCGUGAGCGAGACGGUGAGGCCCAGGCUCGAGCAGGUCUGGCUGCAGAAGUGACCGCCUGCAGAGAGGAGCUGAACAAACUGAAGAUGCGCUACGAAGCCUUGUGUUUGGAGAACAGUGAUUCCAGGGAGGCGCUGCAUAGAGCCAACACAGAAACAGCUGAGCUUGGCGUGCAUGUUUGUAUGCUCACCGCUGACAAUGAAGAGGCCCGUCUGCGCUUUGAGGGCCUGUCGACAAGGCUGCAAGAGCUGGAGGACAAGGCGUCUCAGGAAGCUAAGAGGCGGAAGAGCUGCAUGCAGGAAUUACGGCAAGAGAACCAGCAACUCCUCAAUCAGCUCCAUAAUGAGGACGGUCUGUUGGCAACCAAGCAGAAGCUGCAGAAGCUGAGCGAGGCCCAGCAGGAGGCUGAAUCUCAGCAGGACACGAACCAGGAGCAGAUCCAGGCACUCCGCUUCCAGCUCAGCAGCCAGACCAUGAGCCACGACAGCCGGCUCCAGAGUGUGAACCAAGAGCUACAGGAAGUGAAAUUACAUCUGACGACGGAGCAGGAGAAAGUGGUCGAUCUGCAGAACAAACUCAAAGAGCUAAAGGCUGAGAAUCAGAGAUAUUGCCAACAGAUUGAGGAGAAAAACAUCCAGAUGGCCGAGUCUGAAAAUCUCAUGCAGCAGAAAGAAGACGAGAUAAUCCAUCUGAAAGGGAAUUUAUCAAGGUCUGAGUCUGGUCUCGAAGCCGCUCAGCGGACAUGUCAGGAGAUGAGUGAAAAUCUACGGAGAGUCACGAAGGACAAACAGAGCUUUGAUCUGAAGACAGCUGCUGAACUCGAUGACCUCUACCGCACCAAAAUCAAUCUGGAGGAAAGACUCAUAGAACUCAUCAGGGAGAAAGAUGCACUUUGGCAGAAAUCCGAUGCCUUGGAGUUUGAGCAGAAGCUGCGGGAUGAGGAGACGGAGAGGGACGUGAACUACUGUCUGGGCUGUCACAGUCAGUUCAGCUGGUGGCUCCGCAAGUACAACUGCAGACUGUGUGGGCGUCCCUUCUGCUACUACUGCUGCAGCAACACAGUGAGCACCCAACAGGGCGGCAACAGAGAACGCUGCUGCACGGACUGUUACAACCAGCACAGUGCAGUGGUGGAGCGCCACCCGCAGGAGGAAGUGAUGCACAGCACACCAGGGACACCUUUCAGCCGCUUGCUGCAGGCGGGGAGAGCUGUGACUGCUGGGCCAGGACCGGAUGAAAAUGAGAAACAGGAUGAUGGUGUUUUUGACAUCAUCACAGACGAAGAAGUGAGCGUCGUCAGUGACUCCCUCUCUUUUGCCACCGCUUGCUCUUCUGAGCACGGACAGCAGGGGGCAGCACAGCUAAGCAGCAGUGCCAGUGCAGGAGACAUCACAUCAGAGGAUACUGAGGACCUCGGUGCCUCCGUGCAGGAUGCAGAGAUCUGCCUGCUGAAGUCUGGAGAACUCACACUCUCGGUCCACUUCUCGAUCGAUGACAUCUCCGGGUUUGGGGACAGCUCCCAAGAGCUUUUCAUCAAAUCCAGCUGUUACAGCACCAUCCCCAUCACCAUGAGCAGCCCUGGUCCCACUGUUACCUGGACCUUCACCUCUGAGCCCAAGAGCAUCUCCUUCAGUGUGGUGUACAGGGAGAGCGCAGAGACGCCGCUGGAGCAGGCCAAGGUUUUGAUCCCACUGACUCGCUGUAACUCCCACAAAGAGACGAUCCAGGGGGAACUGAAAGUCAGGAACCCUGGAGAAUACACACUCAUCUUUGACAACUCCUUCUCCAGGUUCAUCUCAAAGAAAGUGCUGUAUCACCUGAGUCUGGACAGGCCCGUGGUCUACGACGGCACCGACCUCCUCUGAGCGGGACAGCAGGCGCCGUGAGCAGGUGUGAAACUGACUCUCGAAACGUUCACUCUGAGUGUUUCAAGCUCAUGCGCAUGAUUUCGAGGUCCUUGGGUCGGAGUCCACCGACGUUCAUCAGCCUCACGGGAAGGUUCUGGCUUUUAUUCUUUUUUAAACGUCUCCCUCAGCGUGCGGCUUGCUGACGAUUUCUGAUCAUAAGAAAGCUGAACAAAGGCAAAAAUCUGUGGAGUAAAACAAUGUUGUUCUAGUGAGUGUGAGCAUGCACUACCUUUUAUAAAAGCUGGUUUAAAUGUAGCAUUAAAGACCCUAAAAGUUACUCAAUGAAUAAAGGUUUGUGGCAUAUUUGAGUGUGAACAACUUAACUUAUGUGGCAGGUUUGUGAGAUGCAGGUCAUGUGGCAUCUUUAUGACAAAGUAAAGCUGCAGUUUGCUUCAUCGUCGACUUUUUUAAGUUUUGUUCCCUUUAUCUGCCUCUCGUGAAGACUACUGUUGAAUAGUAAAACAUACUGUAACCAUAGGAUUAAUGUGCACAGUGAGAAAUGUUCCAGUAGAAGUGGGUGAAAUGGUUAAAAUCCUCUCUUACGGUAUUUAUAAUGUUAUGUUAGUAUAUCAGCAUUUAUUCUGAUUUAACACAUUUAUGGAAAAUCAAUAGAGAAACUGUUUAUAGAUAAGAAGAAGCAGAGGAGUCUACUUAUACUUUAUCAUAAUUAUGCUGAAAUAUAAUAUUCAAGCUCAGUACUGAUAGAAGUCAGUGCUGCUCAGUGAUUUGCACAGUGGUCUAACUCUCAGAGAUGCUGAACAGAGAGUUACAUGUAAUGUCCAUGAGACAUGACGGCAAACAGAGUUGAUUUGUGUGUGUGUGUGUGUGUGUGUGUGUGUGUGUGUGUGCGUGUGUGUGCGCACAGCGUGUUGUGGAUAGUAAAGUUGAGUUUCAGGUUUUACUGUGUCGUCAAUAGAGCCCGACUGAUACGGCCCAAUGCCGAUAUUAGAAAAUAAAAAAUUUCAGAUGGCGAUACAUCUGCUGAUAUAAAUGUAUACAGAGUUUAAGCAUUAAAUUUGUUCUAAAUGUUUAUUAUAGAUAAAUGAAAACACAAAUUCAACCAAAUAUGGAGAACUUAAAUUAGAAACUUAAAUAUCAAUCCAAAAUAUGAAGAUAAAUGCACAUCUCUUCUGAAUUGUUUAUUCUGUAAAAUAAAAGUUUUCAUAUCGGUGCAUGUGCUGUGAAAGGCUCAUAUCAGAGGAUCUUUAUUGGCUAAUAGAUAAAUUCGUCCGGCUCUAGUUGACAACGUGAGAUUAAAUCCCAAGAUUCUGUUGAGUCGUUUGUUUUACUUACUUAAAUCAAUGGAAAAUCACUAGAACCCUGAUUUCACUUUGAGCUCGACCCACGUGGUUUUACUUUCUUAAAUGUUAACAAACUAUUUCAAGUAACUUUUUAUUGGAGAAACACAUCACAAUAUGCACUGUAGUCUGUAGUCUGACUGUUGCCUUUUCAGCUGUGAGGUUUGUUUUUGUUUUUGCAAUGAUGAUAAAGAAUAAGUGGAAGAAGCAGGACUCCUGCAAAAGCUGCAGAACCAGCACAUCGUUCAUUUUAAAUUGUCUUAACUAAACAGGCUUUAAUUCAGUGCAGGGUUUCUGAUGAUUGAAGAUGAAGAAAGAGAAGAAUGUGGUUUCUAUAGAUGGAAACACAUAUCAUAUCAUACAUUUCAGUGCUUUAAAUAUUUAGUGUUUAAUAUGAAUCAUCAUCAAUCUUUAAAAACAAAGAUGAUUCUGUAAUAGAUUUAGUGAAGAGAUCAGUUAUUAGGAUCAAUAAAUGAUACCAAUCAAUAAUACUUUUAUAUAGAGAGCUUUUCUAGAUGUUUGCCGCUCAGUAGCUGUUUACUGUUGCUGUGUGAUGUUCUGGAUGCGUUUCGCAGUGUGUCAGACAGAAUACAGUCUUCAAAUCAUACAAAUCCAAAAAUCUGCUUUAUACUUGAAGUCGAAGUCCCACGUGGGCUUUUUUUUGUUUUCAAUCAAUAAUCCUCUUUUGAGUGUCUUAGAACUUGAAUUAUUACACUGACUCAUUUUCCAAAGUGUCUUCCAACAUUUUGAAACCAUUUUGUAACUUUAAUAUAUAUUUUCAGCAUAACUGACAUGAGGAAGACAUUUUACUUUCUAAGAAAAUUCACUUUUUAUACAUGUCGAAGUAAGAGGAGUGAUUCGUUGCCAAAUAUUCUGGGGGAACAUAUCUGUCUAUUUUAUUGUUCUUAAAAAGGGAGUUUAUGUUUUGAAGACAUUGCGACAUGACUGCCGUAUCAUGCACUUUUGAAAAGGGCUUCUUAUUUUUCUUUUUUUUCUCAGUCUGCAUCCCAUAAGCCUUUGUGCCAGUCGAUGAAUGGUUUUCUUUUCCUGUGCAUCUAGUGAGUGUUUAGACGUUUACAGCUGGAUUUACCAGAGAGAAGCUCCAACUCUCUGACUUAACCUGUGAAUGAUUGUUGGCAAUGUUUUAUUUGAAAUGUCAUUUACACACUAAGCAUUUAUAAUAGAAUGGAUUCAUGACUGUGGAGGAAUAAAUAAGGAUCGUGUGAUAACUG